UGUCAUGGCGGCGCCCGUGGCGGACGCCCCUCAGGGCGGCCCCGCCCCCCCCGGGACCCCUCCGGACGCGGCCCCGGCGGAGCCCGAGGAGCUCGAUUUCCCCCAGUACGAACUGGGCCGCCCCCCCCGCCCGGUUUGGGGGGCGCGGGAGGAAUUCGCGCGGCGCCCCGAGAAUUUCCUGCGCGGCUGCAAAUGGGCCCCCGACGGCUCCUGCGUCCUCACCUGCAGCAACGACAACGCCCUGAGGAUCUUCGACCUCCCCCUCCCCCCGCGGCCCCCCCCGGGGGCGCCCCUCCCCCAGCUGGACGAGCCGGUGGCCCCCCACUCGCUGGCCUUCUCCCCCGACGGCUCGCGGCUCCUGGGGGGCUUUGAGGGCGCCGUGCGCGAGUUCCCGACCCAGCGGCCCGGCCGGAACGGCCUGGAGAGGAGCCUGCGGCGGGGCAGGCAGGGCCAGCGAGGCCUGAUUGGCUGCCUGGCCUUCAGCCCCAGCCAAUCGCUGUUCGCGUGCGGCUCCUACGGGCGGAGCCUGGGGCUGUACCCGCUGGAGGGGGGCGGGGCCGUGGCGCUCUGGCCCCGCCUCCCGGCCGCGCCCACCCACCUGCGCUUCAGCGCCUGCGGGACGCGCCUGUUCGCCGGCGGCAGGAAGGACAGCCACAUCCUGUGCUGGGACCUCCGUGUCCCCGAGCGUCCCCUCCUGGCGCUGCCGCGGCGCGUGGCCACCAACCAGCGCGUGACCUUUGACCUCGACCCGUCGGGGCGGUUCCUGGUCAGCGGUGACACCGACGGCUUUGUCACCGUCUGGGACACGCUGGCGCCCCCCGGGCCCGGGGACCCCCCCGAGCUGCCCCCCCUGCUUCGCUUCCGCGCCCUCCGCGACUGCGUCAACGGCACCAGCCUGCACCCCGGGCUGCCCCUGCUGGCCACGGCCUCGGGCCAGCGCCUGUUCCCGGCGCCCUGGGGCAGCGACGGUGACAGCGACGGUGACAGUGACGGUGACGGCGAGGGGACAGCGCCAGGAGGGGACAUCCGCCUGCAGUUCUGGUGGUGGGGACCCGAGGGCGCCGGGGACAGCGGCUGGGACACCCCCGGGGACACCGGGGACACCAACUGGGACACCCCCGGAGACACUGGGGACACCAGGGGCAUCGGUGACACCAACUGGGAUACCCCCAGGGACACUGGGGACAGCGGCUUGGACCCCCCUGGUGACACUGGGGACACCGGGGACAGCGGUGACACCAGCUGGGACACCCCCGGCGACAGCAGGAGUGGUGAUUGUCACCCCUCUGGGAACACCGGGACUGGCCAUUGUCACCUCCCUGGGGACACCGAUUGUCACCCCUCUGGGGACACCGGGACUGGCCAUUGUCACCUCCCUGGGGACACCGAUUGUCACCCCUCUGCGGACACUGGCAGUGGUGAUUGUCACCUCCCUAUGGACACUGAUUGUCAUCCCUCUGGGGACACCGGCAGUGGCGAUUGUCACCUCCCUGGGGACAGCCACAUUGCAGAUUGUCACCUCCCCAUGGACACUGAUUGUCACCCCUCUGGGGACACUGGCCGUGGCCAUUGUCACCUCCCUGGGACACCGUGACUGGAGACUUUCACCCCCUUGGGGACGCUGUGACCGCUGCCUGUCACCUCCCUGGUGACACCAAUUGUCACCUCCCCGGGGACACCAGGACUGGCGAUUGUCACCUCCCUGGGCACACCGAGUGUCACCCCCUGGGGACAACCGCCAGGACACCACGACCAUGGACAGAGUGUCACCCUCCUGGUGGCACCAAUUGUCACCCCCUGGGGACACCAAGGGCCACCCCACGUCUGGGGACGCCGACUGUCACCCACCCCAGGGACAGCGACUGUCACCUUUGGGACCCCGGCUGUCGCCCCGGGGACCCCUGGAGGGUCACAGCCCCCCUGGGGACCCCGGCUGUCACCCCCAGGCCUCGGUGGCACUAAAGGCGUUGUGACUGUCACCCUCUGUCA